AGAACUGCAGUCAUGCAAUCAUUUCUGUGUUAUCCAAAUAUGGAUGUGCUCAGUGCAAGCAAAGCUCAAAGUCCUCUUUUGCUUCCACCCACUUCUUUGAUUGGCUGGGAGAAACAGUAGUUAGGAAUGAAGGGAAUUCUCCACUCAGGUGAAAUUUAGUUGUGAUUGCUGGUUUUCUUUGGUGACACAAGUUCUGAUGGCCUCAGAACAUGACAGAGCUGUACUCCAGGCGAUAUUUAAUCCCACCACCCCCUUUGGAGACGUCCCAGGCCAACACCAAGAGGAGGAAUUAAUCGAUGAUGACAGUGGCUUUGACACAGAGUUGCUGAAAAAUGUGAAAGAACUGGAGAUGCAGGGCGUCUCGGCAGCAGAGGCUGGGGAUUUGCAAUGUGCACUUCAGCGGUUCAGCCAGGCAAUCCAGAUCCUGCCACAGCGAGCUUCGGCCUAUAAUAACCGGGCUCAGACCCUACGGCUGCAGGGGAACACAGCAGGAGCUCUGGAGGAUCUAGACCGAGCCAUCAACCUGAGUGGCGUCAGUGGGCUAAGCGCAUGCCAGGCUUUGGUCCAAAGAGGACUUCUCCAUCGCUUAGAACAUCAGGACGAGAAGGCCAGGGCUGAUUUUGAGAAAGCAGCUGCACUUGGAAGUGAAUUUGCUCGACAACAAGCAGUUUUACUAAAUCCAUAUGCUGCUUUGUGCAACCGGAUGCUGUCAGAAGCGAUCAACAAACUGCGUAAUCCUGACAUUUUAUAGAUAAACACAUUAAAUCAAAGCUUCUUUUAUGUGCAAAUUCUCCAUUUUGAACACUAUUAAUAAAACAUUUACUUGAGUACUGACAGUUUACUCUCAUUUUUAACCACUUGGAGCAACUACUGCUUAUUUUGUUAUCC